AUGAGCAACUUUCUCUCGAGAGUCCAAACGCUGCCCGACGCGCCCCCUCCGAACGACAAUCCCGCCAGCAUCAAGGGCAAUGUGCCCCUCGAGCACAGGCGACACCUUGCUAACCUCAUGGCCUACCACAUAGCAAACCAUCCAGGGAGCCGGGUCUUUGCACAUUCAGAACUGGGCGGUUUAAAACAAACGGAGUUGUAUGUCAGAUGGAUUGAUGCGAGCGGAAAGGCGGAGCUGCUGCCCGAGGAUCUGCCCCAGGACAGGCUGAGAAAGCUGCCGUUGCAGGGACAGACUGUCUGUGAGAUUACAGUGACCGAAGAGACGCGUGAAGAUAUGCUCAACGUCCACGGUGUCCUCGCGGGUGCGUUUGGAAUGACCAUGGUCGAUGUGGGCACCUUCUCGGCGCUAUUUAUAGUGUCACUCAUGACCGGCAUCGAUGCUACGGGCACAUCGGCCACUUUCAAUCUAGUGUGGCAUUCCGCCGCUAGAAUGGGAAUGGAACUGAGGAUGGUCAGUACCACGCUUUCUGUUGGUGGCUCGAUGAUGGCGGCUCGCGCCGAGGUAUACGAGAAGAAGACAUCUCGUCUACUUCUAUCUGCAAUCCAGACUAUUUCGCCAUUCAACAAGAAGUCAAAAACAUCAAGUUCUGGUGCCAAACUAUGA